AUGGAGCAUCAAGGACCCGUUGCACGUCAUCAAUCCGUCCAUGUUUCUGAUAUUAGACCACUCCACUCCCCGAGGAACAUCAACUCCCAACGAACCAACAACUCCUCAAGGACCAUAAUUUCUCCGAGGACCUUCCACUCUCCGAGAACCAUUCACUCCCCUAGGACCAUCAACUCUCAACGAGCCAUCCACUCCCCAAGGCCUAUUUACUCCCCCCGUCGAAUCUCCACCCCUCUCAAUUCCCUACUCAACCCAUUGUCCCCAACUACACGACAAACGACAAGAGCGCUCCAGGAAAUCCAGGCUCAGAUGGGAUAUCUUACUCCAGGAGGGUUAGAUAGACAACCUACGGAUAUAACUGGAAAUCUCAAUGUAUCUUUGAUCAGUCCAAAUCCAUCUCCUGAUGAAAUGGUAAUACAGGCUCCUAUUCCUUCUCCUAUAUGCCUCCUAAUCCUUCUCCUCUAUAGGCUCGAGGUAGAAGACAGGAAACGGUUAUGUUUAAGUGACACACCUCCAGGUGUACCCUCAGCGCUCUAUUCUCCGUCCCCGGAUAAAUUCAGGAUUUCCCCUCUCGCUAAGAAGCUGAGAAUGGAUCCGGAUCCGGGGUUUAAUCCGGAAACAGCGAUGAAAGCAAUAUCCAAAAAGCAACUGGAGAACUUGGUGGAGAAGCUUCUAAUGAACCACCCGGAGCUGCGAAGUGAGGUUGCUGCUCUUCUUCCAACUCCAGAUCUGAACCCUCUAGAGGAGAAAUUGAAUUUUCUGAAGAAGAAUAUAUACAAGGCCCUUCCCAACACUCGGCUUGAGUCUAAAACAGAUUCCCUUGCAUUUAACAGGGUGAGUGUGCAUCUUCAAGCGUUCAAAAAGUGCCUGGUAGAGAGCGCGCGCAUGCUAGCUGAGGGUCAGCAGUGGCUCUCUCUAGUAGACUACAGUAUCAUGGCAUGGGGUUAUGCCAAGGGUACCCCUGUUUGGGACAACCCACCGCACAACAACAUCAGGAAAUCCUGCUUCAAGCAUCUCUCAACCUCAGUUAUGAAGGCAUUGAAGGAAGGAGGGUUCACCCAAGAACAAUGCAACGUUAUUAAGACUAAACUUGAGACUCUAAAAGGAGAUUCAGAUGAGAUGCUUGUUUGUCUCAAGUUCAUUGAUUUUCUGCCCCAAGUUCCACAAUAGGAACUAGAUCAGAUUCUGAUUGAUUUCCUACCUUAAGUUCCACAAUACAAACUAGAUCGAUCAGAUUCAGAUUGAUUUCCUGACCCAAGUUCCACAAUAGGAACUAGAUCAGAUUCAGAUUGAUUUCCUACCUUAAGUUCCACAAUACAAACUAGAUCGAUCAGAUUCAGAUUGAUUUCCUGACCCAAGUUCCACAAUACAAACUAGAUCAGAUUCAGAUUGAUUUCCUGCCUCAAGUUCUACAAUAGGAACUAGAUCAGAUUCAGAUUGAUUUCCUGCCUCAAGUUCUACAAUACGAACUAGAUCAGAUUCAGAUUGAUCACCUGCCCCAAGUUCUACAAUACGAACAAGAGUUAAGAUUCAGAAAACAUGAGAAUCCUGGGACUGAAAUUCUCUAAUAGUGAACUAGUGACGAUUAAACGUCUUCAUUAUUAAAACAAAUCUACAAAAUUCUCAGGAAAAUACACAAAACACAGAUAAGUUUACACGAAAUCCACAAAACUGUGUAAAUUAAUUAUUAAAACUAUUCAGUUUUAUAAAUUGUGCGGCAUUGUGCCUCCAGGCCAGUAUGGUAGAAUUCGGUUGAGCAUAUCAAUCAAUUUCUUAUAUUUCUUAAAAAGUGUUGAAUAUUUAUUAAAAUUGAUUUAAUUUCUCAUCUCAUAAGUUGUAUUUAACCCAGUUUAAACCUCAGUCAAGUUUUAAAAAAAAAUAUGUUGUAUUUUAAACUAAAAGAAA